AUGCCGCGGGGGGUGCCCCCCGAGGUGACAUUCGAGGAGGUGGCCGUGCACUUCUCCCCCGAGGAGUGGGCGCAGCUGGCGCCCUGGCAGCGGGCGCUGCACCGCGAGGUCAUGGGCGACAACUACGACCUGGUGGCCAGCCUGGACCCCAACUCCAAGUUCCCCGCCAUGAAGGAGGAGUCGCACGGGGGGGUUCCCCGCGCUGGGGGGCACAGCGGAGAUACCGACACCAGCGACAGCUCAGGUGCCUGGAGCGGCUCUGACGGCAAGGAUGACACCGGGGGACGCUGGCAACCGGGCUCGGGCUGCCGCGACACCGAGCGGGGGGGCCGUGCCGGGGCCCUCCCCCGGCCGGUACCGGGGCCGCUCCCCCGCGGGCCGAGCGGCGGGGCGGAGCCGCCGUACCUGUGCGGCACCUGCGGCAAAUCCUUCCGGCACCGCCGCAGCCUCCUGGCGCACAAGAAGCUGCGGCGGGGGAACCGCGCCCGGCACGGCUGCGCCGAGUGCGGCCGCGGCUUCUGCCUGCGCGGGGACCUGCUGCGGCACCGGGACGCGGGCGCGGCGGGGCCGGGCGAGGAGCGGCCCUUCGCGUGCGGCAGCUGCGGGAGCCGCUUCAGCUGGAGGGAGAGCCUGGAGCUGCACCUGCGCCGGCACCGCGCCCACCCGUGCCCCGAGUGCGGCCGCGUGUUCCCGCACCGCGGGCACCUCUGGCUGCACCGCCGGGCGCACGCGGGCCGCCGCCCCUUCCCCUGCGCCCGCUGCGGCCGCGCCUUCGCCUCCCGGGCCAGCCUCUGCUCCCACCGCAGGACACGGCGGCACUGCCGGCCCCGCGGCACGGGCCCCCGCGGGGACGGGGACAGCGACAGGGACAGGGAACACCACGGGGACAGGGAAACCCGGAGCUGCCGGCGGGUGGCCGGCGGUAGCCGCGGGAGCGGGGUCGUCCCGGUGCUCCUGGAUGUGACCUCGCCGGUGCCGCGGCCACCCCGGGGCACCCCCGGGGCCACCCGGAGGCUUCUGGAACCCGGGGGCUUCUCGGUGUCCCUUUAG